AUGCAGUGUACGUACACCUGGCGCUGCUUCUGCUGCUACCAGUGCUUCAGGAGAGGGCAGCAGCAGCUCAAGCAGCAGCAGCAGCAGCAGCCAGGCAGCAAACCCCACAGACACCCAAACCCUUUCGUCUACGGCCUGCCCCAGAACAGCAGCAGCAGCAGCAGCAGCAGCAGCAGCAGUGGAGCAGCAGCAGAGCCCCUUCUUGCGCUGCUGCCGCCAACAGACCCUUGGGGCUCCCCUGGGGGGCCCCCAGGGGGGCCCCCAGGAGAGGGGCCCCCAGAGGGGCCCCCAGCAGAGGGGCCCCCAGGGGGGCCCCCAGGGGGGCCCCCCGAGGGUUCUGAGGGGCCCCCCAGGGGGCCCCCCUGGUCUGUUGUGAGUUAUGAAAAGAACUUGAGGCCCUAUUUGAGUGACUUGGGGCGGCAGUUCAUGUUUGAAGCAGCAGUGGUGCCGAAGCAGCUGCUGCUGCAGCUGCAGCAGCAGCAGCAGCAGGAGCAGCAGCAGCAGCAGCAGCAGGAGCUGCUGUGGCAGUGGAUUGAAGCUGCAGGCAUUGAAGUCCAUCAAGUCAAAACAGCUUUUUGUAUUCCUUCUGUGGGGCCCCCCGCGCCGAGGCGUUUGCUGCGGGUGCCGCAGCAGCAGCAGCUCCAGCUGCAGCAGCAGCUGCUGCCGCCGACAUGGCUCUUAGCAGCAAAGCCCUCCUAA